GGCGUAGCACCUGUUGUUUGCGUUGGUUUUUGUCACAGCCUCGUUCUUCUUCCAAGCCUUUGACUUGGCAUCUGCUGUUCUUUCUUUCUUCUUAAAGCCGCCGUCUGACGCGUAGAACACUGUCGCUUUCCUCUUCUCUCGCUCUUCUCGUACUUUCUCUUCAUCCAAGUGUCUGGCUGUCCUUUUUCUUCCGCUCUCUCUCUCUUCUCCGUUCGUUUCCUCCCCUCCUGCCGCAUUUGUCUUGUUCCUCACACACUCCCUUUGUUCGUCUCCCGUCUUGUCUUCGUCCUUCUUCGCUUCGCUCUUUUUUUCCGCGCCUCGCGUCGUACCCGCGUAGGUCCCUGCUUCCUCCGAAGCGCGUGAGUUCGAGGGAGAGGCGGCGCCUGCAGCCUAAAACGCGUCUAGCGAGAGCUGGAGGAGAGCAGUUUUUUUUUCAGCGACGUCCAGACCGGGGAGAUGAUCUCGCCAGUCUCAUCUCUGAGGAGCGGCGUGGAAAGAGAGAUGCGACAGAGGCGGAGAGAUCAAGGUUCGUCUCUCCUUCGAGAGAAACAGAGGAGAGCCAGUGACAAGUGAUUUUGAUUUGAAAGAGAGCGACAAAGGGCAGAAGACAGCAGGAGAGCAUCCGACAUCGCUGUCGCGAAUCUCUCCUUCACUUCCUCGUUUCCUUGUCUUUUGCUUUUCUCCUUUCCUCGUUUUCGACGUUCUCGCUCUCUCUGCUUUUCUCCGCUCCUCUCCCCUGUUGUCGGUUGCUGGCCUUGAACGCUAAACGUCUUUCCGGAAGAACGCUGUCUUCCUGCCUGACUGCUUUUUCUUCCUUCUGUCCAUUUCUUUCUUCCCCUCUCCUUUUUCCUUUUUUUUUGUUUCGAAAAUGCAUGUGAAUCCCCGAGUCUUCCGGGGGUUCUCGACCCUGCGGCACCGUCUGCAUACGCAAUCGAGCAAGAAGAGCAUCUGUUCUUCGCUCUUCGCCAGCGUCUCCAAGUGGCUUCUCGGCGGACCGCAUGGCCGCGGGAGACAGUGCGCCUUGUUGCUGCUUCUCCUCGUUGCGCUGGGGACUGCUUCGAUCACCUUCUUCUUCCACUCGUACUACCUCGCGCGCGUCCACGAGCUUGAGCAAGCGCUGGCUCGAGCGAAAACGCAAGCCGCCGCAGGACAAGACAGCGAAUCUGCUUCUCUCGCCGGCCUCGGCGCCUCCCUGCAGAGCGAGAGGGGGGUGUCGAGAGGCGAACAGACGCCUGGGCAGGGCGAGGAGACGCUCCGCAAUGCAACCCACAGCUCUGAGGAGACGGAGCGACAAGCGGAGACGAAGGAGACACAGAAAGUCGGCUCUCCGCUGCCGUCCUGGUGGAAGCGAAGACCGGCGACAGGUCACUCAGUCUCAGGAGGCGUCUGGGAUGCGAGCGUCUCUCUGUCUUUGUUCGACCUGAAAGAACAAAUCCGCGCGAGCUCAGCUGCUGGAAAUCCUGGAGAGAAGACGCUGGUAACCCACGGCCUCGGCAUCGUUCUUCUUCUCCCCAGCUCUCCGGCGCUCUCCUCCUCUGCGGGCCGGACCCUGCAAGAUCUCCUUUCGCUGCGCAACGCCUUUCCUGGGAAGAAACUAUUUCCGGUCAUCAUUUCUCAGCCUGGCAGCAGCGUCUGGCAAGCAAGCGCCGUGGCGCCGUUCCGCGUAGGGUCCAGCGCGGCGUAUCACAUGCAAUUCGAUUCGAAGAAACGUCCUCUUUCUCGUUCGCCUUCUUUUGAGAAAAGUCAGGCGGACCCAGAGCGUGACUCGGCCUCCUCGCAGAGAGAGACGGACAGGAGUCAUCUGCUCUGGGCGGGGAGGCAGGUGUUCGACGAACUGGGCCUCCCCUUCGCCAUUUUCCUCGACGCAGAUCUCGAGGUCUCCCCGGAUUUCUUCAGCUUCCUCGAAAAGGCAGUCGACGUCCUCGCGGCCGAAGAAGGUCCCGGCUGUGCGUCUCCGUUCUCCGCCCUCAGUGUUUCUGCUUCUCCCGGCACUGGAGCCCAACUGGCAGCGCUGCAGGCGCGCCUGUGGCGUUCGUCCUCUUUGCCCCCGUUCGCUCUCCUUCUCUCGCGUUCUGCAUUCUCCUGGUUUGAGCAAUCGAAGAAGGAAGAAGAUCAACCAGCCAGGGGAGAGGGAGAGAAGAAGCCGGAAUCCUUUUCAUGCCUGGUUCCGGUGUUGCCCCGAUGCCGGAAAAGCUCCAGUUCCCUGGGCGUUUCGAGCGAAUGGAGACCUCUCUUGGCGCGGCAUCGGUUCAGCAAAGAGUUUUUCGAAUGGCAAAAACCUGAAACAAAGGAGGAAGAACAGGGAGGAGUGCAGCACGGCGACCAUUCCUCUUGGGCGUCUCCCGCUUUCCAGGAAGCGGCGUUCGAGAAGGAACUUGAGACUUCUUUGGAGAACGCCACUCCGAUUGCGAUUUCGGAAGUCGCAUCCUUGCAGCCCAGCAACUCUUCCAUUUUCCGGAUCUUUUACCCGUCGGAGUCUGAGCUGCGUUACGCGCUUGGCAUUCUCCUCGGCGAAACGCUUCCUUCCUUCUCCUCGUUUCCCCGGAGCCUUCUCUCCUCCGACUUCCAGGGUCUUCCUGGGAUGUACAAGGGAGUAGUGUACGUUGAGUUGCCUGGGGUUCAGGUGUAUCUCCAUGGCGCAUGGCCAGCGCGUUUUGCGGGGAAGUAGAAGAAGCUGCUUUCACGAGGAAAGAAACGGUUGCUGUGUCUCACCGGAGACGAGCAAGUCCCCUGUCUGAGAGCACGCACCCUGCAUGCAGGACAGAAAAGGUUUACAUGCUAAAGAGACCCCCCGUGGUCACAUGUGUCAUUUCAUUUGUUUAUCCGAGUUCUUUCUCUGGUUUCUUACUUGAAUGCGUUUCUUUUCUUGGUCGCGGUUCCUUGUCUUUUCUGUCUCGCUCUGUUUUCGCCUCUCCCCGCAAAGGUCCUUUCACUUUGUCCGCCUGUUCUGCGGCCUCUGUUACUUUUGGUCUCACGCGCGAUUUCGUUGUUUUUUCGUUCCUUUCUCGCCCAGUCUUCUCACGCACUUUGAAUCAUUUCGCUUGCGC